CGGCAGCGCAUCAAAAGCUUCCUCUCAUCCCGCGCUCAGCACUACACGGUGCUCUCUCUCGUGACCCUGGACGUGCUGGGCAUCUUCGCCGAUAUCAUCAUUAACCUCUAUGAAUGCGAUCAGAAGACCGUCGAUCCGCGGUGGGAUGAGGCGCGGGAUGCCCUGGGCCUGCUGGGGCUGGGGUGUAGCUGUCUGUUUAUGCUUGAGCUGCUGUUGAGUAUUUGGGCUUUUGGAUGGGGAUAUUUCAAUUCCCGCUUCCACACCUUCGACGCUCUGGUGAUCCUCGCCAGCUUCCUGACAGACGUCGUGCUACACGGUCUCCUGGAGGAAGUCGCAUCGCUAGUCGUCGUGCUGCGGCUGUGGCGCCUCUUCAAGAUCGUCGAGGAGUUCAGCGUGGGUGCGGAGGAGCAGAUGGAGGGCUUGCAGAUCAGGAUCGAGCAGUUGGAGGCGGAGAAUGGGGGCUUGAGG